AUACCUAUAAAUAGCAAAAAUUAGGGAAACUGAUUCAGAACCUGAAGCAGUCUCAAUUUUUCCAGAGCGGUCUCCUAAUCCCCACCCCCUUAAUCAUGGCCCGUGUGUUUAUAGCUGCUGUUCAUGUCUCCCACCACCAAGUGUCACUGUUGCGCACGUCUUUCAAAUUCUUUGAGUAAUCAACCAUUUCCCGCGCAAUAGACCGGAAACAUGUAGUUCAUCAAGAAAACUUCGUAACUGCUUUUCCGGCGGUGUUGUUUACGAGUUUGUGAAAGCGCGACCCGUGGCUUUAUAAUGGUAAAGGAGAAAGCUUUGGAGAAACUACAAGGCGUUCAAUAAUAUCAAGAGAGUAUACCAGAGGCCUGGUUAAUGCCUUUAUGAUGAAGUUGGGGGCACAGACAGGCUUCACCUAGAUUGUCCUGGUCAUUUUCAAGAUGUGUUCUCUUCAUGUGCUGCCAACGAUAGGAUCAAAUGUAACUGUUCACAUCACGAGUGUAAACCUACACUCCGACUCUGCUUUUGUAGAAUUUGGAGGCACUUUUAACCAUGUGCAACUGACAAAGGAAAUAUAUCAGCAAAUGAAAAAAGACAUUCACAUGCACAAAGAGAAAGAUUGCAAGUUUAAAGGAAAUCCUGGUGCUUUAUGUCUGGUAAGAGAAGAGAAAAACUGUCAUCGAGCAAGGAUACUAUCAAGAUGUGGGGAUCAAUACAAUGUUUUCCUUAUUGAUGAUGGUAGAACACUUUGGGCAUCGAACAACAUUAUGUCAUGGGGUCACACCAGCUUUUUUAACCUACCACCCCUGAUGGAGCUUUUUAUCUUAGCCAGUGCAUCACCACUACCUCCUGAAAAUAGAUGGUCCCCCACCGCUUCCAAGUUUCUCAAGUCUUUGACUGGCAAAACCGUGAGUGGUUGUGUUCAGGAUGUGAUGAUGCCUUCCAGAAUGAUCCUUCUUGACAUUCCAAGUGUUUUCAAGCAAAUGCAUGAGUUUGGAUUUGCUAGAAAGAUACCAUGUGGACAGUUUCAAAUCCUUGUAGAGGAUUCUCUGCAUUCACCAAGAGAUGUUUCCUGGCCUGGCUCUCCAUUAACAAAUGUUCAAAUUGAGUUUGCCAACAAGAUCGAAAGUUGCCAUCAGUUCUUGUGCCCAGAAUUGAUGCCUGGAACUAUUGAGACUGUGGAAGUUACACACGUAGUUAAUCCUUUUACUGUCUUCUGCAAGUUGCAAGUCUUCUCUCAUGAACUGAAGAGGUUAAACAAGCAAAUUCAGGAAUACUGUGAAAAUACAUCUGCUUUAAUGCCUACACCACUAUCUGAUGGUUGUCCAUGUGCCACCAAAGGAAGUGAUGGCAUGUGGUAUCGAUCUGUUUGGCAGAAACAUGUUAUGUCUGAUGUUGCAAAAGUGUUCCAUGUUGAUUAUGGAAGAGAAGAUUUUGUUAAAUUGAAAGAUGUCAGGCCAUUAUCUGCAGAGUUCUUUAGACUACCCGUUGUUACUUAUGCAUGUUCCCUGUAUGGUAUAAAGGACAAAGGCACUGGGUGGACAACCAGUCAGAUUGAUUGGUUGAAAUCAAUUUUGCUGGAUCAAAUCCUUGUUGGGAAAUUUGAGCACAGAAGUUUGGCUGAUGGUAUUUACCAUGUGACGCUCUAUGGAAACAACAAUGUGAACAUUAACAACAGUUUUGCUGUGCAUGAGAAGUGCUCCAUUAUGUCUGAGAGAGACAGCUUUUGCAGCAAAGAAACCCCAAAAAGUAGUCUUGAGCAUACAUCUGUAACUCAGGAACAUUCCCUGGACCAUUUUAUCCUUCCAAAAAAAUCUGGAUUUGCUUGGACUAGGUUGAGUACAAUGGAGGACAGUCCUGAAGAUUUGAAGAGUACUUACCAAGGGCUACACAGUGACUUUUCCAAUCCGUUUGAAGGGCACUCUGUACUUAACGAACACUUGUUCAAAAUUGGAACUGUUGUUGAAGUUAAUGUGUCUUAUGUAGAAAGUGACCAAACAUUUUGGUGCCAAAUGGCUGACAGUGUGCCAAGUCUCAAGAUGCUAAUGGAAGAUAUGCAAAGACGUUAUUCAUGCAGUCAGUUCCAGAUGCUCAUUGGAUCAAUUUGUGUGGCAUGUCAUCCCAAUAAUGGAAUGUGGUACAGAGCACACGUUUUAAACCACCAGCUGAAUUCGUCUCAAGUUGAUGUACGCCUCAUUGAUUAUGGCCAACGGCUGAAAGUGCCGUUGCAAGAUUUGCGACCAAUUGACUCAGAAUUUCUUAAGCUAAAACGUCAAGCUUUUCAGUGCAGCCUGUUCAACAAGGUGAACUCUGUAAGUUCUGAAGAUACAGCUUUAAGUGAUAGUGCCUUUUCUGACUCAUUUGACUUAAUUUCUUCAGCAUCACUUGAUAAUGCCACUUUGAAAUUCACUAUAUGUGCAGUUAUGUAUGACCCACAAGGUACAAUGCUCAAUGUGGUGGAUAUUGAAUCACUGUCCCCAAAUUGUAGGACUGCACUCAUUCAGAAAGAAGCAAAUAGCUCAGCAGUGGACUCUCUUGACACAUAUUGUGUUCUGAAUUCUCCACAAGCAGACUCAUCCCACCAUAUUAACCUACACACAAAAGAAAAGGUUUGGAUAACCUGUGUUAAAGGUGUUGACCACUUCUAUGGCCAGUUUAAACCAAAUGCUGCCAUGGUUGAAAAACUGACCAAAGACGUUCAACAGUUUUGUGGAAUGACUCAUCCCAAAGGAAAUAAUUUUUUACCACAAAUGAUGUGUAUUGCAAGAUAUAAGGAUGGCCAGUUGUACAGAGGACAAAUAAAAUCAGUAAAUCCCAAAAUCAUUGUCCAUUUUGUAGAUUAUGGUGAUCUUUUGAUUUUAGAUGAAUCUGAUCUUCUGCCUUUUCCUGCUGAGCCCAGUGCAAACAUGUCUCUCCCAUUUCAGGCUGUCAAGUUUAGCCUUUUCAAUGUAAGUUUAGAAGAAUCAACAACAGAAUUGAAUGCCUGGUUUGAAAGUUAUGCAACUGACCGUAUGUUCACUGCCACCAUAAUGGGGAAAGGCCCUAAUGGGGAAUUAUUAGUGGAGAUGCAUGAUGGCAAAACAAACAUAAAUGUGAAGGCAAAGGAGAAAUGGAAUGAAAUCCAAAACAAGGAGUGUAAUGCAAGAAGACAAGACAUCAACCAGCUCUCACACGGACUUGUAAAGCCUUUGGGGAGAAGAGACAACUCUAACUCAAAUCUUCAAGCAGACCAAGGUUAUAGAAAAGCACAAAAAUCAGCUGACCACACCAGUUCUACAGGCCAUAAUGUUAAAAAUGUGCAAUGUACUGAUUUUGCAGUUUGUGCAAGUGGACCCAUUGUAUCUCUGAAAAUGGAAAAGCAAAAAGAUAAUGAGAAGCCUGUUCCUUCUUACUCAAAACUGAAAGACCUUCCUUCAAGAAUUAUGAAUGCAGGAUGUGUCUCAGAAGGCUAUAUUUCACACUGCAACAGCCCAUCAAGUUUUUUUGUUCAGCUUGCAUGUGAAGACUCUGAUAUUUUUUCUCUUGUGGACAAACUGAAUUGUUCUCAGUUAUGUGAAUCACAAGUUGAAUACAGUCAGUUGAUGCCAGGUCAUUUGGUGAAAGCACAGUACCCCUCUGAUGGUGCUUGGUACAGGGCAGUUGUUAAAAACAAACUAGAUAAUUGCACAAUUCUCGUGGAAUUUAUUGACUAUGGAAAUGAGGCCAUACUUUCUGCUUCGAAAGUGAGACAGUUAGACAUGCAAUUCCUCAAAUUCCCUAGAUAUAGUAUUCAUUGUUGCAUUAAUGUAGGUAAUGCUGAAAGAAAAAAAGAAUGGACAGAAGAACAGAUGGACAUUUUUAAAAAUGUCAUUGUUGCAAAUGGUGAGAGAAAACUGCGUUGCAACUUUAUUGAAGAGAAAGAAUCGGUUUGGCAAGUUGGUAUACAAGACCAGUCUUUAUUAAAUCUGGAGAGCACUCUUGAAUUAAAAUCUUGCAAUACAUCAACGACUGUCUGCUCUAGAGGAGUCUGUCCAGGUGUGUACAAGAAACCUGAUGUUUCCUUGGGUCAGACAAUUAAAGCAUAUGCCUCAUCUGUUGUAGAUCCAAAUUUCUUCUGGUGCCAGUUUGCAGACUCUGAAAAGCUUGACAAAAUCUCUUCAAUUGCUCAAGAAACUGGAAAUUCUGCACAAACAAAUCGAGUAUUGUUAGAUAAUUUGAGUCAAGGAGACUCAUGCUUAGCUCUUUUCCCAGAUGACAACUUGUGGUACCGUGCUCAGGUUAUUGAUAAAUCUGUGAGUUCUGUCUCUGUGCUUUUUGUAGAUUAUGGAAAUGAAAGUGAACUUGACCAAACAUCAGUGAGAUCAGUACCUGCUAGCCUACUGGAAAUCCCACCACAAGCAUUUCUCUGUCAGGUGGAAGGAUUCAAAGCUGUAGAUGGAUGUUGGAAUGAGGCUGCCUCAGGUAGAUUUACUGAACUCCUCGUGGACAAGCCUCUCAAUGUUAUCAUUCAAAAUGUGAAGAUGGCAUCAGAUCUACCUUUUUGUCAUCAGUAUUCUGUCCAAAUUGAGUGCAAUAAGGUCUGUAUCAGUGACCUCAUGAAAGAUUACUGGAAUGACUCCACUGCUAAUAUCUACGGACAAAUGACUGAAGAGGUUUUUCUGAAACCAAUGACAGUGACUGAUGUUGAUGUCCUGAGUCCUACAUCUGUUAAUAAGACGUGGGAUACUACUGUGACUUCUGUUCCUUCAGUAAAGUGUGUUCCUAAAGUUACAGACCUGCCCCCUACCACCUUUGAACAAGAUUGUGUUUCAGAAGUUUACAUUUCACACAUUAUUAGCCCCGACAGUUUCUUUGUGCAGUUAGCAAAAGAUGAAAAUGGUCUAGUUUCACUCACAGAAGAGUUAAAUUCCAUUUCUUCAUCAGUUAAUAAUCAAGCCCAAAUGAAUUAUUUUCCGCAUGGAAGUUUGGUGAAGGCUGUUUUUCCUGAUGAUAACUCCUGGUACCGUGCAGUCAUCAAAGAAACAAAUGGGAAGGACAUCCAUGUUGAGUUCAUAGACUUUGGAAAUGAGGCAACUGUUCCUGCCACAAGUGUACGCAAGCUUGAAGAGCAGUUUUUACAGGUUCCAAGGUUCAGUAUUCAUUGCUCUCUCAAGAGAGAUCAUCCUACAGGAAUACUUAUAGGAAUGGAGAAAGAGACAUGUCCACUGGCUGCUGUGCUCAAGAAGGCUGGUGAAAAAAGACUGUUUUGUAAGUUUAUCAAAAAGAACAAAACAGUUUGGGAGGUUAACCUUGCAGAUCAAAGGAGCACAUUAGAUGGCCUUCCUCUUGAAAUAUGGGAUGAUUUCAGUACACUACAGAAUGAUUCUCCAAAGCAAGACAUGCCAUUCAAGAAACCAGAAAUUUCUGUAGGCCAGACAGUUGAGGCAUAUGCCUCGUCUAUGGAUGGGCCUAAUUACUUUUGGUGCCAGGGUGCAAAUUCUGAGGGACUUGACACAAUCUCCCUGAUUGCUCAAGAAGCUGGGAACUCUGCAGAGAUCGCUUGUAUUCAAAUUGAUGAGUUGUGCCAAGGAGACCCUUGCCUAGCCCUCUUCACUGACAAACUGUGGUACCGUGCAAAAGUUAUUAAAAAAUCUCAAAAGAGUGUAUCUGUAUUGUUUGUGGAUUAUGGAAAUGAGUCUGAAAAUGAAUCAGGCUCUGUCAAACCAUUGCCCCUCAGUCUGCUGGAAAGACCACUUCAAGCUUUUCUGUGUCAAUUGGAAGGAUUCAGCCCAUCAGGUGGGUCCUGGAAUAGCAAUGCUACUGACAAAUUCUGGGAGCUUGUAGUGGAUAAACCCCUGACAUUGACUGUUACAAACAUUCAGAACGAUCUGGACAGUCCUUUCCCUUCGUAUUGUGUAAAGGUCCAGUCCCAGGAAUGUGUAGUAAAUGAGCAGAUGAAAAGUUUUUGGACUGCUGCUGUAUGUCCUAAUGAUGAAAGCCCAAAAUUGCCCCUGUCCAAUGCAGACACUGUGCCUGUAGUUUGCAAUGUCCAGUCUGUUCCUGAGAAAAGAUUACAUGAAAUUUAUGAUAAUUCUCAAGAAAACAUCAAGACUUUAAGUGACUUUAAGCCUCAGUCUUUUUCACCUUUUGAAAAACAAGAACAAGAAGAAACCUUCAGACAAAUUGUUCACAUAAAGGAAGAAUGUGAAGAAAUUGAGGUAACACAAAGAACUCUUGCUACCAGAUAUGUCUGUCUCAUUAAUGGUGAUGAAUCGAGCCUUGCUUUGGAUAAGUGUGUUUCAAAAAGCAAGGAUGAGUUCAGAGGAAUUAAUGUCAAGUGCUCAAGCAAAAGUUUCCAAAACGGUCAACUGGAUAAACUUUUGCCUUGUGUUGGAAUGUCUGAAACUGCAUCAAGCAAUGAAUAUGAUCAAACAUUGGUCAAUCAAGAAAAUUCAGAUGUUCCAUAUUCACAAGCUGAUUUGGUAGGUUGCAAAGCAGAAUUGGAUGAGAUGUUCCAAAAGAUGGACGUAUAACCUGUUGUAAACAGUACAGGAACUUCCCCUUGGCAUUGGCUUAUCAGUGAAGAUAUGAUGGAUUUUUUACUUGGUGUAUCAUGGUCUUAAAAAAAACCCAACAUGUUACAUUUAGAACAUGUAUGUUAAUGUGCACUGUACAAUGUAAAUGUGUCCUAUAUCUAUAGUAUGUGGUCAUUUGUGAAAGAUUAAAUUCUUUUUGUUUUUUUGUUUUUUUUCUUGACUUGUCAAAAUGAUGAAUGGAUCGAUUAAAAAAUCUUUCUAUGUAGUAGAAUCUUUUUUACAUUGAUUACGACUUAAAGUUAAGAGCUUUUUCCUUCUCAUGUAAUGCUGCUGUUUUGGAGGUACAGUGUAUUUCUGUGGUUCUGACCAUGUUUAAAUAUAAUUAUAACUAACAUCUCUACCAGUCAUGAUUUCAAUGAAUUUGUCAUUUGUAUUCAUGUCGUUUGUAUUUCUGUGAAAAAUAAAGACCUGUUUGCAGCAA